AUGGGCGGGGUCGAUAAAGCAGACCAGUAUACAGGUACACACUGUUUCAUGCAAAAGUCCCAAAAAUGGUGGCGAAAAUUAUUUUUUUGGGGCUUGGAAAUCUCAAGCAUAAAUUCGUAUCUAUUAUAUAAAGAAAAUCAGAAGAAACACAAUACAAACAAAAGUUACGCAUUUGCAAUUUGUACAUCGCUUGGUGGAUCAAUUAGUUGGAGAUUUUCGUGACACUGAUCCCAAGAAUGCUUCAACUUCUGGAACAGGAGAAAGGCUGAACGACCUUUUACAUAUUAUUCGGCGGGAUGAUACAGGAAGGAGUAAAGACUAUGUGGUAUGUUCCAAUCGGAAAAUCAAAAGUGGAAGAAGAAAAUCGAGAUAUUAUUGUGCUACUUGUUCGGCUUGCACAUAGAUAACUGUUUCGAACGAUACCACACCGUGCACGAACAUAAAACGAGUCACAUAAACAUACCAUAACCAAAUAUGUUUUUGCUGGAUUCUGUCAAAAAAUUUUGUUGUACUUAAAUAAAGCUUUAG